UGGCGAUUUUGCAAGGAGGUCUGCGUGACGCGGAGCUGCAGGAUCGGGGAGACGGGGCGUCUCUAGGGGCCGCAGCCCGGCUAUGGAAGAUGAUGAUGUAAAACUUGAAGAAGAAAUAAAUAUAGAAUUGAGCAGAAUCAGUGUUACUUCCCUUGAAGUGGAUGAUCUCAACACUGAUUUAUCAGCAGAAGCUUGGAGUGAUGGUGAAACAACUUCAGAUGAAUUACCAGAAUCAGUUCUGUACUGUCUAAACGUUGUGAAGAACAGAGGUCAAAAUGCUGAAAAUCUUAUACUGCAAGACUUGGAAGAUGAAGAAACCACAAGUGACAUCUAUCGAGUAGUUUCUAGCCAGGCUUCAGAGUACUUGGCAGAACUGGCUUCUGAAUACAAUGAAGAUCCAGAUGCAUUGAAGAAGAGGAUACUGUCUGAAAUAGAAAAUGAAGAAUUGCAGACCAGAGCAACUUCUGAUAGUAAUAGUCAACCCAUCAGUGAAGAUAUAACUUGCAGAGUGGUUGCUGAUGAGCGCUCUGUCACAGAUAAUGGUGACAUGACCAUUAGCUUUACUCACCAUGAAGUAGAGGAAAGGUACAGGCAAGAAUUUGAGCUGUGGGAGGAGCGACAAAAAGAACUUGAAGACCAGAAAAGGAAACAGCUGAAAGCUGAGAGGGAAAUAAAGGAAAAACAAAGUGAAGAGGAAAAGAAAAGAAGGCAAUUGUAUCUGGAGGAAUUUGAGGCUGAAAGGAUGAAGUUAGAGAUGCUUCAUAAGCAGCAACAAGCUAUGAUGGAAGAUGAGUUGCUGAAAGAAAAGGAAGUUUGGAGAGAGAAUUUUAGACAACAUGAGGAAUUGAUCAAAAGACUACAGUUGCAAAUAGAAGAGGAGAAAAGGGCCUUUGAAGAGCAGAAAGCAAAAGAAAGACAACAUUUGGCAGAGCAGUGGAAUAAAGCAGCUGUUAAAAUCCAAGCUAGAUUUAGAGCAUUUAUCGUGUACAGAAAAUACGCUCCUAUCUUAAAAGAAUGGAAAGCGGAAAUUAAAACGAAGAAGGAACUGCAACAAAAAAUGGAGAGAGAAAAGAGAGAAAAGGAAGAAAAAAUGAGGAGACGGAUGCAGGAAAGGAAGCAAAAAGAAGAAGAGUUGAGAAAGAGACAAGAAGAAAUAGAAAGACAAGCACAUAUGGAACAGAUGAGGAGGCGUGAGGAAUAUGAAAAGAAGAAAGUAAGUCUCAGGCUUGAACGAGAAAAAAGCCUUCAGCUAGAAGGACCAAGAGGGCAACAAGGAACAAAACAAAAAGAGAAAAUAGCAAUAAAUGCAGUGGCUGAAAAUAGAGACAAAGACACAAAAAUAACAAAGGAAGAAAAAGAGAGAGAAAAUAUAAAAGACCUAAGAGAACAGGAAAAGGAGCAGAAGAAACCGAUACUGGAAAUAAAGGAAGAGGAAGAGAAACAAGAAGAAAAAGAUGUUGGAAAGAUACAAGAGACAAAUAAUUCAGAGAAUACAAAAGACAGAAAACAGACACCGCCGAGCUCUGAGAAGAAAGAAGAGUCUCAUGAUAAAAGUAAUGAAAAUGAAGAUGGGUAUGUGAUGACACAUACUGGAAAAAGUUCCCUACAAACUAUGGAUCUUGAUAAAAAUACAAAUAUGAAUAUACUGGAUAGAGAAGCCAUUGUUCUUGUAGCUAAUGAUACAAUCUCAAAUAAGGAAAACAGUAAGCACAAUAGUCAGUGGAAUUUUGAGGCCCAGCCAGAUAACAGGAACAGUGAACACAAAGUUCAAUCUUGUAAGUUUGAAACAAUUAAAACAGCAGAGGUUGUGAUGAAGAAAAUUCAGGAGGAAGUUGCUGAGGAUUGGGACAAAAGUGAGAGUGUAAUUAAGUAUUCUGAGAGGCCACUAACGCUGCCUGAUAAUGUUGAAAAGAAGAGGCUAACUUGGAUGACGAUGUGUAAACCUUGGUCUAAAAUUUAUAGGGAAAACCAAAGAAAGAAAGUAGUUAAAAGAAGCAAACCAAGAAAACCCUCAGAUAACAAGAUGCCUCCAUUAAGUGUAGAAAUGAUUAUUCAGUGUGGCCCUUGGAAUGCCCUCCAACAGGUUACCACACUUACACUUCAAGAUUUGCCUGGCUGUAGUCUCUCCACAUUGUCAGAAUGUUCAAGUCUUCAAUUAUUGACCCUUAGACGCUGUGGACUAACUGCAUUGGAAGGACUCAGUAACUGCAAAGGCCUGAAGUACAUUGAUGUGGAGGAAAACAAUAUUCAGACAAUAAAUUGUGAGAAUCUAGAAAAUCUCUGCAUUUUAAUUCUGAAUAAAAAUCAACUUGCAUCACUUCAUGGCUUAGAUGGCUGCAGUGAUCUCAGGAAUCUUGAACUGUCCUGCAAUAAAAUCACUCGAAUUGGUGGUUUAGAGUCAUUGAAAAAUCUCCAGCAACUAAUUGUGGACCACAAUCAGUUAAUCAGUACGAAAGGUCUAUGUGAUGUGCCAACUCUCAUGCACAUAGACUGCUCUUUUAAUCAUCUUACUCAACUUGAGGGCAUUGAGAAUUGUGGUCUGCUUCAGAUUCUGAAGUUACAAGGAAAUAAUCUCAGUGAGCUCCCUACCUUGGAAAAUCAUGUUCUGCUAAGAGAACUGUACUUGGAUGACAAUAGUAUUUCAACUAUGGAAACAUUUUCUUUUUAUUGGCUGCCUCUGCUACAGAUCCUUUCUCUAUCACAAAACAGUUUGACUCAGCUUGCACCCCUAUUUUCAUGUGUAUCUUUGGAAAAGCUUAAUAUCAGCAACAACUGCUUGUCAGACCUCGAAAGUGUCAUCAUAUGGUUUAGUGGAUGUCAAAAACUAAGUGAGUUGUCACUCAAUGGAAAUCCAGUUCUCGAAGAAAAAAAUUGGAGGUGUUCCCUACUUAAAAUACUUCCUAUUUUGCAAUUUCUUAAUGGUGAAAACCUAAAUUCUCCUGAAAAACUCUCAACUGAAAGAAUCAAAGAGUCAGAACCAGGAAGCUUUUUGAAAUUUUGUCAAGCCCAGAUUGAAGAAAUUGACUUAAUAAAAAAGAAGACCAUUGAACCAGGAAAUGCUUCUUCCUUGGUUGCUGCACAGAGUCAGUGCUGGUAUUUUAAGGAGCUGAUGAAACUUAGUAAUGAACACCGAUAUGCACAUGAAUAUGGAGACCUAAACAUUGCUGACAGAGACGAACCAGAAGCACAGCAAGAUCAUUUGAAGCAAACAGCCACCGACAGCCUACAGCAAAAUAACCUCUUUAUCGCUGGUGCAAAGAAAAAUAAGCAGGGCUUGCUGAAUCCUUCUGAAAGAUGGAUUACUACAGGCCACGUUCAGCCUAUGUGCAUUAACUCCUCCGUACCUGUGCCUCAAAAAAAAAGUAAUCAAGAGCACAAAAUAAAGAAGAAAAGCACUGAAUGUUACAUCAGUCACAAAGGGGAGAGCAAAGAUAACAGUAAAAUAUCAACCCCAACUACAAGAAAUACAUUCAGAGAGACAGUUAUUGUGAGUAAUGAGGGAGAGAAUCUCCAGCAUGUUGAGGACAGUGUGGAAAACUUGGCAGCUACACUAAUUCAGUCAUAUUGGCAAGGCUACAUAAUUCACAGAGAUAUUAAUUUCUGUGCUAGACUACAUAUGGCAGCAUCAGAGAUCCAGUGUGCUUGGCGGAAGUACCUUGCCAGGAGAAACGCUGUCUGCUGCAAAAAAGAAAGCAAUGAACUCACAGACGCUAUAGAACAGAAGCAUAAAGCUGCUGCCCUUAUUCAGGCAUUUUGGAAGGGUUUCCUCUUGCGGAAGAAACUAGCCAGUGCUCUUGCAGCUGUUAAAAGUGAUGAAGUGGAGGAUGACUAUGAAGAAGUAAAUGUGGAUGAUUUUACAUAUGAUGAAGCUGCCUUAGAGAGAGAAUGGCUAGCUUUGGAUUCGACCCGCUUCCCUUCAAAAACACUGCUGCUCACAAACCAGCUGCACCGGCCAAAGUAUGCUAGGCCUUUAACUUCAGAUCAUAAUUCAUUUAAUUUAACAUGGCCUCCGCAUGAAGCCUGGCAGUGUGAUGAGAGACCACAUUCAUUGUCAUCGGAAAACACCCCGUUUAGUACCAGGUUAGAGAAGAGAGCUAUGUCACAUCUCUCUGACUUGCAACCCAAAAAGAAAUUAUCUUUCAAAUCGGAAAAAGAAGAGAAAAUUUCAGAAGAAUGGGGUUUUAAAGAUAUUGCCACUGCACAGCUAAUGCUGAAGAGGGCCCAUAAAAUGAAAUCCAAGAAAUCUAGUACUAAAAAUCUAGACCCAGCUGUGCGCCUGGCGUUGUUCAGAAACAAUGAAAAUAAACAUCCUCCUGUGAAACCACCAAGGAAGAGACAGCCAGCAAAAGAGACAGCCAGCAGUUACUUUGAAGGUAGGGAAGAAGAUUUUGUCCACUUGGAUACUACUUCAGCUGAGAAAUUACAAAGGAGCAAAGAACUUACAUACCAAUGGCUUCACACACAGGUCGAAGAUUGUGAAGCAACCGGUUUGAGAAACAUUAAAUGCAAUCGCUUCUUGCCUGUCUUAGAUCCAGACAUACUCAAUGGUGGACGAGUUCAGCUAGUGGCAAGCCCUGUAAGCAGAGAAGACACAGAUUUAGACCUUAUUUCCAUGAUCAGUGGAAGUGCUUUGACUCAGAACAGAGAAAAAAAUAAUCAGCCACACAGAAACUCAGCAGGAUCUUCAACAAAGGACAUAUCUGCUUCAGAAAGAACACACCUGGGUCCAUUUCGUAAAGAGCGGAUGUCGUUUCGAGACCAUCCAGUCCAGCUUAGUGGGGGAUGGGGAAGUGGCAAGAAGAAGGCAAAAUCUUUGAAGAAUUAGUUGAAACUUCAACAUGCAAAAUGUAUGGAGAGCUGUUUCUUUUCAAGAGGUCUGUGAUUAUCAGUUAUUUCAGAAUUCUACAUAUCUAUUACCAAUUAAAUACAAAGUUUCAGGGAACUGUGUUAGAUUUAUUUUACCAUACAUGUUUUGCAGGUUUUUUGUUUUGUUUUCGUUUUCUGGUGAUGAUAUUCUAUACAUAUCAUAUUUUGUAUUUUCAGUUGCUUCUGUGUUCAUGUAGUAUGGAAUACAGAAUCCAUUAACUUCUGUUACUAUAAUGUGAUUUGUGGGUUUACUCAUAACUAGUUUAGAUGUAUAAAUGCAAUCAUGGGUCAUUGAGGAUGUAUGUUAGAAAAUGAAGUACUGAUUUCUUAUAAUACAAUAAUGAUAUAUAUCAUGUUUAUACUUAUGAACUGUGUUGUGAACUCUAAUGGCCAAGAAUGGUACCCUGAGAAAAGUCUACAUGUAUGUAUUAUUGAAGAAGCAAUGGAAAUUCUCAGCACGUUAGAAGCUUAUAAAAUGCUAAUCUGUUUCUAGUAAGAUGAGAGGUGCAUAUGAAUUCUAAUGCUAAAUUAUGUUAGUGCUGUUCUGUUGUGAUGCUAUGGCAAGCUGCUAAUGUUUUAUAUUUUUAAGAGCUUCCAACAUUUUUUCCAGUGAAAAAUUGAAUUUACCAUCCUGAAAUUUUCUCCCAUGGUAGUGUAGCAUUACAUCUCUAGGUCAAGGAUAGGCAGUCGCUAUUUGUUCAAGUAAUCAGUCUCAUUCAAACUAAAGUGUGCAUGCGUAAAAGUUUUGUGAUAGAGCUUUAAAGAGGGAAGCCUGAGAAAUACUAUGUUUACCUUUAGCAUGCUUGAAGUGGGUGCAUAACUCUCAUUGUUUUUAAUAAUCACUACGUUCAUCCAUAGACAGGGCAGAGAAGGUCAUUUGAUUUGUAUUCCUAUCUUUUAAAUGGUUUCUGUUUAGAAGGUGGAAAUUGCUAAUUGGAUAUAGAGAAGCAAGUCUUUGGUGAUUCCUCAUCUGUUUGCUUUUGUCUCAUCCUUUCUUGUGAAGCCUUAAACUGCUGCAAACUGAGACUGAAGUGGGAAGGCUAAUGGGGCUUGAGA